AUGAGUGACAGGCGCCUAGCAACCGCUUUGCAGAAAGUGCUUGACAUGUUCACAUCAUUGUCUGGUCUAGGUGCAGCCGCUGUACUUCCACUGCACAAUGAUGAUUGCACAAUAACAAAUGAAGCGCCAACUAAUAAAGUUAACAAAGUAUCGGCGCAAAGUUUACAGCUGAAGGUUAAUAAGCUCUUGAAAUUAAACAAUACAACUAGAAAGUAUGAACUGGCUUUAACAAAUGAUAUUGCUCUUUGGCUGGAUUCAAUUCUUAAUCAAGAAUGCUCACAAUUUAUCAAAGAUUUCAACCAGUUAUUAUUGAGCCAGUUAUUUGCUAAUACACAAUUAACUCAGAGGAUGGAAAAGAUUAAACUAAGUUUAUCCUUUGUUAAUGAGCGGGAGAGGAAGCAGCAAAACCUAUUGGCGACUAGAUACAAGUUGGAAAAACAGUUCAGAGAUAGUAGGAGUAAAUAUGGACCCGAUGCAUCAUCAACAAUCCUUAUUAAAGAAAAAUUAGAAGAGAUUGAGUGCAAUUUGCAGGUCGUUGAGCAGCAAUAUAUAAGGUCAAUUUUGAAUGACCUUCGAGAGAGUUUGAUGGAAUAUAUUUACACCUUGAAUGCAGCAUCACGAAAGCUUAAAAUGAACAGUGAUGACUGUAUGGACAACUUUAACGCAAUCGAACAUGGAUAUGGAAACAUAGCUAGCGGCAUAGGCAAUAAUUUACGGGACAUUGAGAUUGCUAGAGUAUCCCCUGAAAAGUAUGCCAGGCUCUCAGAUGCAACAGAAGCAAUACCAAAAGAAACACAUUCAAAUUCAAAUUCAAAUGCAAAUACAAAUGCAAAUGCAAAUUCAAAUGCAAAUGCAAAUGCACUAUUAAAUACAGAUAUAAAUAUCAAGCGUCCCAAGCGUAAACCUCCACCUCCGUUCACGGAAGCGGAGCUUAUCAAAUUGCGUGAUUAUGACUUACCUACUCCACAGUCCAUGUGCAAUGAUUGUAAGAAAGCGAUUCCGUGUAUACAUACUGAAGGCGCAUCUCAUCAAAGUUUGAAACCACAGAAGGCUCAAUUUCAGCAGCGUUUACAAUCACAAUCACAAUCACAGUUAUCGAAACAUGUUGACCCACAAAUUCAUCAGCAAGACGAGCAACGUCUUCCAUAUAGCCCUACGCAACCACUUCCACCAAACGGUUCACAACCCAAACAGAUUUUGAAUGGUACUUUUCGUCAGCAACACAUGCAAGGUAUAGGUCAUGAUUUAGAAAGUAAGGGUUUUAUGAUGAAAGAGUUUAACCAUAGCUUGGACGAAAAUGAGUAUGGCGAUGCAAUUUUCCAGCAACAGCAACACAAUAAUCAUCCACAUCAGUUUAGGGAUAUUUCAAUGAUUAGUGAUCACUGGAACUAA